AUGGUUUUCCCUCAGACUCUAUUCGUUUUGGGACUGAUCCUGUCCGCGGUCGUGGCCAUUCCCAUUGAUCCCUAUGGACUCUCGGCUCCCUCCAUUUCCUAUGCUGCUCCUGCCAUCUCCUAUGCUGCUCCUAAGCUCCUGGCUGCUCCUGCCAUCUCAUAUGCUGCUCCCAAGCUGUUAGCUGCUCCUGCUGUCUCCUAUGCUGCUCCUGCCAUUUCCUAUGCUGCUCCUAAGAUACUCGCUGCUCCCGCUGUGGCCGUGCAAAAGGUGGCUGUGGCGGAGCCAUACGAUCCUAACCCACAGUAUAGCUUCUCGUAUGGAGUUACUGAUCACCACACCGGAGACUCCAAGCAGCAGGAGGAGACCCUGGUCAAUGGGGUCGUCCACGGCAGCUACUCCCUGGCCGAACCCGAUGGCACCAUUCGCAAGGUCACCUACACUGCCGAUAAGGUCAAUGGAUUCAAUGCGGUUGUGGAGAAGAAGGGCGUGGCCGCGGUGGCCAUUGCCAAGCCAGCACUGGCUGUUGCCGCCGUUCCCGCCAUCACCAAGAUUGGAUAUGCCUCGGCACCUGGUCUGAGUCUGGGUGGAUACCACUAA